CUUCCUCCCAUCUGCAGGGUUGCAGAGCAGCAGCAGCGGCACAGAGGAAAGAACGAGCGACGCAGACGACACAAGAGAUACUCGCUGGACAUCCUGAAGAAGCAGGAAGACCUCAAAGGUCAAAGGAGAGAGAGGCGCUUCAUUGAUGAGCUCACGUUCAGUCGCUGGACACCUAGUGACCAGUUUAUCACUUCUGGAUUCAGUUUAGAUUGAGUCUGUGCUGGUAACUCGGGUAGUUUCUGUCGGACAGUUAGUGCUGGGUUUGUAGAUCAUGGGUGCGUUAGGAGGGUUUUAGGUCACCGAAAGUCGACUGAGGGCCGCUAUAGCUGCUGAUCUGAGGUGAGUUGGCUGGAGAUGGAGUUGUGGAGACAGUGUGCCGGAUGGCUGAUUCAGUGCCGAGUGCUUCCCGAGAACCACAGAGUCACCUGGGACAGCGCACAGGUGUGUGAUCUGGCCCAUGCGCUCAGAGAUGGAGUGUUACUCUGUCAGCUGCUCAAUAACCUGCUGCCGCAGUCGGUCAACCUGCGUCAGAUUAACCUGCGACCCCAGAUGUCUCAGUUCUUGUGUCUAAAGAACAUCAGGACGUUCCUAUGUGCCUGUCAGGAGAAAUUUGGCAUGAGGAAGAACGAGCUUUUCGAGGCCUUCGAACUGUUUGAUGUCAGGGACUUCGCGAAGGUGAUCGACACACUGUCCAUCCUGUCACAAACACCGGUGGCCCUGCAGAGCGGAUUCCGGCCGUUUCCAGAUGAAGCUUGUGUAGGAGAUGAUGACAUCUACACCGGCCUCUCAGACCAGAUCGAUGACACGGUGGAGGAAGAUGAUGAUCUUUAUGACUGUGUGGAGGAAGACGAGAAUGAAGGAGAUGAUAUUUAUGAAGAUCUAAUGAGGACAGAGGAACCGGAAACAGUAAGACAGACACACACACUCAAUACACACAAAUACACACAGAGAACCUGCUGUCUCCAGGAGAUCAGACAGACAGAGGAGAAAUACACAAACACACUGGAAUCAAUACUUCAGCACUUUCUGAAACCGCUGCAGCCUUUCCUGCAGCCCGUGGACAUCGAGAACAUCUUCAUCAAUAUUCAAGAUCUGGCCAAGACUCAUCGCUCUCUGCUUCACGAGCUGCAGGAGUCCAUACUGCAUUUACGAGCCGAGAAUCUCUAUCAGAUCUUCAUCGACUACAAGGAGAGGCUGUUGCUGUACGGACGUUACUGCAGUCAGGUGGAAGGCGCCACCAAGCAUCUGGACAAAAUCACCAGCACGAAAGAAGACGUGAAGAUGAAACUGGAGGAGUGUUCGAUGCGAGCCAACAGCGGCAGGUUUUCACUGCGAGAUCUGCUGAUGGUUCCCAUGCAGAGAGUCCUUAAGUAUCAUCUGCUGCUGCAGGAGCUUGUGAAACACACUGUGGACCAACAAGAAAAGGAAAACUUGCGCACUGCACUAGAUGCCAUGAGGGAUCUGGCUCAGUGUGUGAACGAGGUGAAGAGAGACAACGAGAUCAUCCGUCAGAUCACGACGUUUCAGUUGUGCAUCGAGAACUUGUCUCUGUCUCUGGCGUUAUACGGACGACCUAAAAUAGACGGAGAAUUCAAGAUCUGCAGUCUGGAGAAGAGAUCCAAACAGGACAGGUACGGCUUUCUCUUUGAUAAGGCUCUGUUGGUGUGUAAGAAGCGUAGCGGCGAGAGUCUGGAGCUGAAGGAGCUGAUUGAGCUUCAGCAUUACCAGCUGAGAGACGAGCCGUCAGGAGAGAAGGACAGCAAGAAGUGGACGCACACCUUCCUGCUGAUGGAUCUCUACGGUCAGGGCGGCUACGAUCUGUACUUUAAGACGCGAGAGCUGAAGAAGAAGUGGCUGGAGCAGUUUGAGAUGGCGCUAUCCAACAUGUGUCCGGAGAACAGCACGGCAAACGGUCAUGACUUCCAGAUGCACUGUUUUGAGGACACCACCUCGUGUAAAGCCUGUCAGAUGCUCCUCAGGGGGAUCUUCUAUCAGGGCUACCGCUGCUCGCGCUGUAAGAUGGCCGCUCAUAAAGAGUGUCUGGGUCGAGUUUCUGCGUGCGGACGAAACUCUGAACUGUCAGGAACGCUCAAGAAGAAUAAAACGAUGAGGAUGGCAUCUCAAAGACAGGCCAAACCAGGUCUGCCGAAGAUGGAGGUGUGUGUGGAUUAUUACGGUCUCCCUCCGCCGCCGCUGGCGUUCGGUCAGCCGCUGCCGCUGUCUGUGGGUGACGUGGUGGAGCUGACGCGAGCCGAGGUCGACCUGCAGUGGUGGGAGGGCAGGAAUCUGACCAUCGGAGAGGUCGGCUGGUUUCCCUGCAGUAAAGUUCAGCCGUUUGUGCCGGCACAUUCUCCAGAUUUAACAGGACUGCCCUGGUUCGCUGGUAACAUGGACCGGGCCGGUGCUAAAACUCUGCUGAUGUCUCGCUCUGACGGGACGUUUCUGGUGCGACAGAAAGACGCCGGAGAAUUCGCCAUCAGCCUCAAGUUCAACAUGGACACCAGACACAUAAAGGUCACGUACUCAGAGGGACUCUACAGGAUCAACGAGAAGAAAGCCUUCAAGGGACUGUUUGAGCUGGUGCAGUACUAUCAGGAGAAUUCGCUGAGGGAGUGUUUUAAAGACGUGGACUCCAGACUGCAGACGCCGUACAAGCAGCCGGAGCAGAGCGCCGCGCCGCAGCACAGCAACACACGCCACGCAGGUGUGAGCGAGCGCUACCACGGCACGGCUAAAGUGCGCUAUGAUUUCUCUGCGCGUGACCGCACCGAGCUCUCUCUGCGGGAGGGAGACACCGUCAAAAUCCUCUCCAAGAAAGCUCACAACGGCUGGUGGAAAGGAGAGGUGUACGGUGUGGUGGGUCUGUUUCCUGCUAAUUACGUGGAGGAGGAGCAUUCAGAUUACUGCUGACCAAUCAACAGCUUCAUCACCCCGACAUCACACACACUCAGUUUACAGCGUCUCGGCGUCUCCUGUGAAUCCAGACAAGCGUCCGCAUCAGCUGGCUUGUACAUAGAGAGUGUUCUUCUCUAGACAAACUGAAUGACUUUAGCCUCCAGCUCGGAGUGAUUUCAUUCAGGAGUAAUUCAGAUUAUUAUUAACGGUUCGACGGCUUCAGAGGAGUGUGGAUGUAAUGAGCUGUUUUUUCUUGAGAUUCUGAUUAAAGUGGUUUGAAAAGCAUUGUUCUGUUCAACAAACACAGA